AAAUGGCUCUUCAAUUUCUGUGUUUUUACCAACGUACUGGGAUAUUUUUUCUUCUUCUAUCAUCUUUAAUCUUUGCGGAAUGUGGGAAGAUCCUGGUGAUACCUCAGGAUGGAAGUCAUUGGCUCAGUAUGCGACCAGUAGUAGGAAAACUCCAGCAAAAUGGACAUGAUGUUGUUGUGGUUGUACCGUCAUCAAGUUUUCUUAUGAAGACAAAGGAACAUCAAAAUUAUACAGUGAAAGUAUAUCCAAUACCUUAUACAGAUGAGCAUUUACAUGGCGUGCUCAAGUCGUUUGUUAAUGAUCAUCUUACUGAGCAAUCUACAUUGAAAAUGAUCAUCACAAUGUAUCGCAGCACUGCAGAAGCUUUCAGGUUUUUUUUCACCAUGUGUCAGAGCCUCUUGCACAACGAAGAAAUGAUGCAGUAUUUGAGAAAGAGCAAAUUUGACGUUGUUUUCACAGAUCCAAUUCUGAUGUGUGGACCAAUACUUGCUGAUUAUCUUUCAGUUCCUUCUGUCUACUUCUUGCGAGGAUUUCCUUGCGGUAUGGAUUCAAAAGCUACCCAGUGUCCAAGCCCUCCUUCUUAUGUUCCCAGGCUCUUCCUAAAUAAUUCCGAUAGCAUGACAUUUGCUCAGCGUGUGAAAAACAUGCUGGUCAAUAUACUGGAGCUUGUUUACUGUCAGCCUUUAUUCACUGUAUUUGAAGAACUUGCGUAUGAGAUUUUGCAAAAGAAAGUGACGGCUACAGACCUUCUGAGCCAUGGAUCUGUCUGGCUCAUGAGAUAUGAUUUUGCCUUUGAAUUUCCAAGACCAAUAAUGCCAAACAUGGUUUUUAUUGGAGGGAUAAACUGUGCUCAGAAGAACAAGCUGUCUCAGGUAUAGAACUUUAUUUUAUUUUUAUUGAAAACCAAGAACAGAAGUAUGUAAGUAUCUUACAUUGAAACUUCACUAAAAACACCUUCUUAUUUAAAAAUAGAAAGCUAAUCAAAAAUCCUGCAAGAUUCAUAAAUAUUAUUUGCCAGUACCCAGCAUUCUGAUUAAAUCAUAUCCUGGCAAUCUUAAAGUCUUGUCACAUAAGAAAACUUAAGUUACAUGUAAACAGUAUGCAAAUGAUGAACUGUUUUUUUGAAUUGAAGCUCAUCUGGAUUUUGGCAAGUGACAGCCAUUUCUCUCCUAAAGAACUUGGUAGCUUCUAUUUUAUCUCAGUUUCUAAUGCUACAUCCACCUCCAGAAGAGCAGGCACCACAAUCAUAUUGCUACAUAGCUCUGAAAGAGUAGCCUGAGGAACACACAUAGACACUGUCUGGUCUUUAUCUGCUCCACAGUGUUCAGGACUGUCCAUCUGGACACAUCAGGCACUUGCUGCCAUGCCAGGAGCAUUCAAUCCACCUGAUUUGGUGGCUGUGGGAGCUAUGGACUCUAGGUGUUGCCAUCUGACUGUACUGACAGUCAUGAAAAGCUUGCAGGAUAAAGGGCACCCAAUUACUGUUGUUGGAGGCAGCCUUGGCAUCAGUGUUGAAGAUUGGCAUGGGCAUUUCUGUGCACGUACAUCUAUAUACCCAUUCUCCUUUUUCAUUCUUGAAGGUUAUAGGACUAACAUUUUUGCCAUUUGUCAAUUGUAUUUCUGUCCAUUCAGUCAGGUAGAUUGAAUUACCUCUUUCUCUUUAUGUCAAGGUGUUAAUAUAAGCUGAAAAAGAAAUCAAAUGCACAUGAGGGUUAAAAUUUGGAAAAAGUAGCAAAUAUAUAAGCUGCAGCCAAAUCUAAACCCCAGAAGAAAGCCUUUCAAAAAUACAUCCUCUUGUUCUUUUUAAGUUAUUUAAUUAGAUUCUAGGCAUGGAUGUCUUCUAUAAAUUCCCAUACAGGUUUUUGGGUGAGAGCCAGACCUCUGAAUCAAA